UGUUCUCCGUCUCAGCUAAUCGAAUUGAAAAUAGUAAGAGACUAGUCUCUCUUUUCUCUCGGGUGCGGUAUUGACUAAGUCUCCGUGUACAUGUGGCGGGCACUCAGUAAGAAGAGGCACUUCUGUUGGAUUAGUUGCUGUACAUAAACAAUGGGAGUUCUGGAAUUUUUGAAGUCCCAGUUCCUCUGUCAUCUUAUAAUUGGUUACGUCUUUAUAGUAAGCGGUCUGAUUGUGAAUCUUAUUCAGCUCUGCACCCUUGUCUUGUGGCCAAUCAACAAGCAGUUCUUCAGGAAGGUCAACUGCAAACUGGCAUAUUGCAUUUCUAGCCAACUGGUAAUGCUUUUGGAAUGGUGGUCUGGGACGCAAUGUACUCUCUACACAGAUCCCAAAAGCUAUUCGCUAUAUGGAAAGGAGAAUGCUAUUGUAAUACUCAAUCAUAAUUUUGAGAUUGACUUUCUUUGUGGCUGGAGUUUCUGUGAAAGAUUUGGGGUUUUAGGGAGUGCAAAGGUACUUGCAAAGAAAGAACUUUCAUAUGUACCACUCAUUGGCUGGAUGUGGUAUUUUCUAGAGAUAGUGUUUUGCAAGCGCAAGUGGGAAGAGGACCGCAAAACAGUUGUGGAAAGUUUAGUUAAUCUGCGGGACUAUCCUGAAAAGUUUUGGUUUCUGUUGCAUUGUGAAGGGACACGGUUCACAGAGAAAAAGCAUGAAAUCAGCAUGCAGGUAGCUGAAGCGAAGGGACUGCCCAAGCUCAAACACCAUCUUCUUCCACGAACAAAAGGCUUUACUAUCACAGUGCAGUGUUUGAGAAAUGUGGUUACAGCUGUAUACGAUUCUACACUUAAUUUCAGAAAUAACGAAACCCCUACACUGUUGGGCGUGCUAAAUGGAAAAAAAUACCAUGCAGACUUGUAUGUGAGGCGAAUUCCAUUGGAAUCCAUACCCGAAGAUGAGUCAGCAUGUGCCUCCUGGCUACAUAAGCUUUAUCAGGAGAAAGAUAACUUUCAAGAAGAGUACUAUAAAACAGGGAGAUUCCCAGGCACUUCCAUCACUCCCCCACGUAGACCAUGGACACUUGUGAACUGGUUCUUCUGGGCGAGUCUUCUUCUCUAUCCUUUCUUUAGUUUGCUAGUGAACAUGUUCCUCAGUGGAUCUUCCCUUACUGUCAUUGGUUUUACCCUAUUCCUUGUUGCAGCUUCGGUGGGUGUUCGAUGGAUGAUCGGAGUAACAGAAAUUGACAAGGGCUCCAACUAUGGCAACAACGACGGGAAAAAGGACUCAGCUGGAUCACCGGAGACCCAAAGGGACCAAUGAAAGGGCGAGUGGCAGUAGCGGUCCUCCAUCCACAAGAAGCUGCUUAGCGCUGGAAGAAGUGCAGUUGUGCAACAAACUUCCAAAAGGAGAUUGUGUUGGAUUUUAUUUGCCUCGCCCACCCCCCUAACUUCCCCCCACCCCAACCAAAAUGGACAUUUCUAAUAGUGCAGUCUGCUAGUGUCAUCUCAGGAUUUGUCACCACUCAAGAACAACUGGACAGGUUCGGCUCCAUUUCUUCCCUUAGGAAGGACGCUCUGCUUAAAUGACCAGGAAUCAUUUGUGAUUGGAGAAAAGUCAACCAAACCAAACAAAGAGUGUUCAGUGUAUUUUCAGGGCACUGUGUUUGUUUACUUGACACAAUGAUUAAAAUCAUGACGUGCGUAAAAGACGCGUCAGACUCGAGCUUCAGCUGACUGAGGAGCACAAGCUGGCUGCUGUUAGUUUCAACUCACUACAUACGGUCUGAGCACAAACUCCAAAGGCUGUAAGACAUCGCUUGCAAAUUGAAGUCGCCACAAACAAAGCCAAUCAAUUCAACAGCCACAUCUUGCGUAGUUUUAUUUUGUUGUAAAAGUUUUUUAUUUUACCUAACUGAUGCCAAGUACAAGUUUGGUUAAACAGAAAAUGAUUUGGUGAAAAAGUCAUUGCUGUUAAUGGAACUGGUGCAUUUUACCACUAAAAGGUAUUUUGUUUUCUAGGUCUGCUUUUCGUUUAUUUUUUUUACCUUUACUGUUCACUUUGCGCAUGCAUAUAUAUAUAUAUAUAUACAUAUAUAUAUUAGGUACAGUACCAUAACAAAUAGGAUGAUGGGACAACAAGCCCCCAAGUCUUACUUGCCACGGGCUGUUUGACUUGAGAGGUGUGCGCAGUGAGCUGGCACUAUCAAAUGGAUACCCGUUGUUACUGUUCAAACUGCCUCGUUGCCUUUAGCCAAGGUAAAGCCACCACAAGGUGGGCCGGCCGGCGCUGUACUCCCGCACUUGCAGCUGAUGUAGCAUUAAAUGAGUAGCGUUUUUCUAGGGAAUUCAAAUUACUGCUGAAUGCUCACACCACCAAGUGUUUUACUCUCUUUAGUAUUGUUUGUGAUUCAAUAUUUAAAUUAGCAUUUCUACCCCUUUAGGAUUUUAACUAAACUCGUAAGUAUUAAAAACACUGAUGUGCUUUUAGGGGAACAUUAAAUAAAAAUAUGGUUGGAUACUUUUAUAUACGGUCUCUGUUCUGAUCAGAUACAUUGGUGUCUGAGUCGACACUUGAGUGUCCUUUUGGCCCAGCUGUUACUCCCUCUACCUCGCCGCUCCAGAGACCCUGAUGUAUACCCGUGUGGUCCCCCAGGUGUCCCCUCACAUCAUCUCACAAAUGUGCAGGUUGGGCCUUAGGGGGGCUCUAAAGUGGCAGUCAGAGUUGGUGUGUGCUGUUUAUGGGGGUGAGAGGGGGUCAUCAAAUCGACUGGCAGCUUUCUGAGAUCAUUUGUUAGCUGCCUGUUGGCUAUGCGUUGCCUUCACUUUUUCGUUAAUGGGUUUAUUUAUAUACUGCAUAGCAAAUACAUGUUUAAAAAAUAAUAAUAAAUUCAUGUAAUAUGUGCCAGCCACCCUGAACCUUUUCACUGUCGUAAGUUUCUUUAAUACAAUAAUACUUUAAAAUGUAAUAUACAACAAAAGUGGUUGGUUACAAAUGGAAAAAGUGUUUGUUGCAAGAAUGACUUGAUUGAUGUUUGACCUGACAUUAUCUACAAUUGUUCAUAUAAAGAAUCAGUAUAAA